AUGAACAAUCUCAACCCUCAUCUGUCAGACAUUACCGUCAACCUCGGCUAUCCACCGCGGCGAGAGAGCAGCACCAAGCGAACAGUAGCAGCAGCAACGUCGUACUUUUCCAUCAAGGACAAAGUGCUGGAACCGCGACGGUUUUUUCAAUACAGCAGUCGAAAAUAUCGCCAACGGACGCGCUGGGGACGAUUCUUCUUGCUUGGCGCCGGCCUCUUUCUGUUUAUUUUCAUUUUCGGAUACAUACCCUUUUUCAACUUUGCAAAGACAGCUUCGACGUUAACGACUCCUACUUCUGCGGGUACUGCAGUUGCUGCAGAGCCGCAACGUGACCAGAUCCUCCUGUAUCGCAUCAUCGGCAAUGAUCUUCCGCCGCGGCACAAAGAGGGCCAGACCCUGUCGAAUCUGCACUUUAUUUUGGAGCACGAGCCCUCGUUUCCAAACUUUCGCAAAAUAUUUUUGUUAAACCGCAUUUCCGAUCCUACCAGCGAAGCUGCUGUCGUGCGCUUGUUGGAAAAAUACGGCAUGGAGUACAUCCGUGUUCCCUUUGUCGAAGAAGAGUACAAGCAGCUGGACUUUCGGCUGGAGCAUUUUCCUGAGCCAGACUUUUUGCAUUCUGAUGAUUACCGCCGACUCUCCAAAGUUGCAAAGCUGCGUACACUGGAUUACACAUACCAUGACAAAAACCUUUAUGCAAUGAACAAUAAUGGAGGACGUAAUACGGCUAUACAACAUGGCCGAUCUAUCAGCAACGCACGCUGGAUCAUGCCUUUUGAUGGCAACUGCUACUUGAGCCACAACGCAUUCAACGAGAUCAAAACGCAGCUCGAUCGGCACGGCGCAGACACCAAAUAUUUCGUCGUACCAAUGACUCGUCUGUUGAAUAACUCGGUGCUGUUAAAUAACUUGGACGAAAAACCCAAAGCAUUGGAGGAACCACAGAUUAUUUUUCGAUACGAUGCAACCGAAGAAUACAAUCUGAACAUGCGGUAUGGUCGACGCAGUAAGCUCGAGUUGCUAUGGAGACUUGGUGCAAAGGAAGAUCGUCGCUUAAAUCGACCCACGGUUGCUUGGGAACCGAUCGAGCGUCCAUACAGCAAGGACAAGGGAAACUUUCGUACGAUCGGGUGGGUUUUUCGACUGUUUUCGGGCAAUCAGCAGCAGGAGGAGAACAAAAAGGAGGCGUCAUCGAUCCGUGCAUUUAAUCGACUCUUGGCGAUUCAGUCAUCGUUGGACGGUCUAGAUGAGCAGAUUGCGCGACGGACGUUCCGACAAGAUCGUCUGUUCUUAUACAACGAGACCGAAAUGGCGAGCAUUCGACAAGCGUAUUGGAGCAAAGACGGACAUGUGGCGACAAUGAUGGAGGAGCUGGAAAAGCGCGCAGAGGUCAUCUUGGAGGAUACGCAAAAACGUCUCGCACCAAUGUCGGUGACGGAUGACAUGGAUUCAGUAGGGCCUGAGGAACUGCCGUCGUUGUUUGCAAAAGAAGAUGCGUCAGCUUAUUUAGGACCACUCUCGCAGAACGUGACAACGUUAACGUUGGCAAACUACUUCUUGGGAGCGGAAAAGUACGGGCGAUGGGCAGCAAACUUGGUGCGCGUAUAUUUCCUUAACGAGUUUGCGCUUGAAGACCAGGACGAAUACAGCUCUGCACGCAUGAUUCCGGACAACACGCAUCUUCUGGACUUUUUGUCAGACCAAGGCUAUUCGUUCCCCAGCCUCAGUCGGGUACCCCGAGUUGUACCAAAAUACACUACGAAUCGGAUCGUUAAAGCAUCAGAUCUCACAAAAACUGACAUCACCGCCUUGCUCGACUCGAUGCGGCUUUUGCGUCGCACGCAGAUGCUCACGCAUAAGGAAUACAUUGAGCUCCAGGCAUCCAUGGCAGAGGUGUUGGAGUUCCUCAUCACCUCACCCACCGGUAUCCAUCUUGCACAGUUGACAAAUCACCAUGGGGUGCUGUACGACCUGCAGGUAACCGCCCUUGCAGCGUUCACAGACGAUGUUCGACUGUUGCUUCGUGUAGCCAACCGGUGCCGCAUGCGGAUCGGCAAACAGUUUAUGGCGGAUGGCUCACAGCCGUAUCAGGACGCGUCUGUCCAGACACGAUUGCAGUCACUGUCCGUUCCUGCCGGCGAUGCUGGCGCUCUGCUUUUGCAAUAUGAGACACUUAAUCUUCGGUAUUGGACCAUGCUUGCAAGGGGGGUCCAAAACACUGGCGUGGCCAAGGACAUCUGGCACUACACUGCCAAGAACUUUGGACGGAUAUCGCAUACAGUGGUAGCACAUUUGAAGAACCAUGCCACGAGCUCACCGUAUGUCAAGGCGCAGCUUGCCCCGUUGGCACACAUGGCGCGCUAUGCCUUCCUUUACAGCGAUGUAGAUCCAAGCAGACAAGAUAUAAUUUCUGAUCGACAGUGGAUACUUGACUAUGCUUCUGAUUUCCAACCUGUUGACGACAAUGGCACCGUUGCAUUCUUAAUUCAAUAA